AUGGACUCUGAUACAAUAAAACCCAAAUUAAUAAUUUUUAACGAUGAUGAUAAUGACAAAGAAAAUGAUAUAAGUAAUGAUAUAAUAUCAUUCCCUCAACUUCCCAUAAUUAAAGAUGUAACUUUAGAUGAAACGAUAGGACAAGGUGCAUUUGGUUGUGUGGCAAGUGCUCACUCUACAAAAAGACCAUCGAUAAUGUUUGCUAUAAAAUUUAUUCAUUUACCUACCAUUGAGACUCAAGGUUUACAAAAGAGUGAUACGUUCAACGAAAUUAAAUUACAUAUGAAAUGUUCCAAACAUCCAAACAUCUUGCAACUGAUAGAUUGCCGGAUGGAAGAUCAAUUCGUUUGUAUUUUUUUGGAAUUGGCUAGUGGUGGUGAUCUUUUCGAUAAAAUUGAACCAGAUGUUGGUGUAGAUACAGAAAUUGCACAAUUUUAUUUUAAACAAUUGGUAAAUGCCAUUUUCUAUUUACAUGAUGAAUGUGGAAUCGCACAUAGAGAUAUCAAACCUGAAAAUAUCUUAUUAGAUAAAGAUGGGAAUUUGAAAUUGGCAGAUUUUGGAUUGGCUUCAAGAUUUAGAAGAAAGGACGGUACAAAGAAAGUCUCAAAGGAUAAGAGAGGUUCGUACCCAUAUAUGGCUCCUGAGAUUUUAAGUUCAGAUCUACCUUUAUAUUAUGCAGACGUUACAGAUGUGUGGUCCAUUGGGAUACUCGUAUUUGUUCUAUUGACAGGGGAAAUUCCCUGGGAAAUACCUACAAGAGAAGAUAAUAAUUUUGUCAAUUUUAUUAGGAAUAAAGGUAAUUUAAACUUAGGACCAUGGGCUAAAAUUGAAUUUAGUCAUUUAAAUUUGUUAAGAAAACUUUUACAACCACUACCUGAACAAAGAGUUACGAUUAAUCAAUUGAAAUUACAUCCUUGGUAUAAUAAAAAAAUUAUUUUUGCAAAUUCUUUAGGAUUAUGUAAUAAUCCAGGUUUAUUGGCUCAAAAAUUAUAUUCGAAUCUAAAAGUUUCUUUAACUGAUGAGAGUUAUGAUUUAUUUACACAAAAUGUACCCAAUCAUGAUAAUAAUAAUGUGUCAAACUUUGCUUCUACUCAACCAUUAAAUACAGAUAUGGUUAAUAUAAAACAUGAUUCCCUCACAGAAGAUAAUAUCUUACCAAAUACUCAAAUUACUGCAUUUUCACAGUACAUUCCAAGAACAAGCAUAUUUAGUAUGGAUUCUCAAUUGGCCACUAAUGAUGACGAUGAUCGAAUUACUAAAUUGGAAAAAUGGAAGAAUUAUAUAAAUCAAGAUAUUGCGAUGUUACAAUUUAAUCCACAUUCGAACAUGGAACGAUAUAGAAGCUCUAAGUUUAAUCCAAUUAAAUUAGACAAAUUUUAUAGUAUUGUUGACAUGUAUUUACUUGUCUCUACAUUGCAAAAAGCUUUUAACGUUAGAAAUAUUGUUACUAAAUCAAAUAUCGUAGAUACAUUUGCAACUUUAGUAGAUGAGUAUGGUAUGGAUAAUGUUUUCCCUCUAAAUAUUACUAUUAAGACUAAAGAUAGAAUGAAGAGUAAAUUGUGUGGGUCUAUUAAUAUAACUCAGAUAGAUAGUGAUUUGAAAUGUUUAAAUUUUCAAAGAAAAUCUGGUGAUCCUUUAGAGUGGAGAAGAUUAUUCAAAGAUAUUACAUUAUACUGUAGAGAUCUGAUUUUUAUGCCAAAUAAUGACUAA